UCCUCGUUAACAUACGAACGUGACGUCAUCGUUUGUGCUGCUGGCAGAAUACUAGUCCGUUUGUCGUUCUUUACUUCCUCCAAGCGAGUCAAUUUAAACGUGCACUUUCCUAUUUCGUUUUUUAGUUUUGCUAUGUCCAUGUAGUUGAAAGUACUCACUCAUUCGAAGUAGUCCCAACUUGGAGAGAAGAAAAACAAAAUGUUAACCCCCAGUUAGGAGACAACAUCAGUCCACUUUUUCUACUAAAUGUAACUUAGCUGCAAAGUUGUGUCUUCAUUGAGUUUUGCAACCUUGCAAAGGGAAAUACAGCCCUUAAAAUUAGUUGGUAAACUCUACAUUAAAGUUAGUUAUGGCUGAUACUGAGACCGUUGUCGCUGCGGGCUGCUUGGAAAAGUCGAAGUGUUACGUGAAGACUCGAAAAGGAACAAUUCUCGCUGCAGAAAUACUCAUCAGUUUAAUCAUCCUAAUCUGCUAUGCUGCGUCAUUUAAUGGAGGAUAUUCUGCGGUGGCCAUCUGUGAGAUGGUGUUCGCCAUCAUCUUCUUUGUCGUCUUCAUGAUGGAAAUGGACAAGACCAUUCAGGCGGUCAACUGGGUCUGGAGUGAUCUUUUCCGUACUGCUAUUGGUGCAGCCCUGUACACCAUCACCUCUCUAGUCUGUAUGCUUCGUGGAACAGGGGACGAUGCCCUUAUUGCUGGAGCGGUGUUUGGCCUGCUGGCUGGGAUCCUGUUUGCCUAUGACGUCUACACCAUCAUCCUUGUCAUCAAGAGCAACAAGCAGGAUACAGCAGCGCCCACUGAUGUUUAAGCCCUCGAAGAUAAACCCCAUCUUAGUCAUUGAAAGAGAAUUACAUUUGUGCAGGACGAGAUAGAAGUGCAGCAGAUUGGAAUGAAGUUUGAUGCUCAAAUGAAGAGAUUAAUAGCAGAAAUUAACCAAUGUUUGGGUCAGAAGAGAAACAUCUACUGUACUAUCUAUGGCUGACACAGAGAGGAUAAUGUUAUACUGCAAUGAGAUCAUUAUGUUGAAAAGAACCAUGUAAAUUCCAGGAGGGAUUCCCUUGACAACCGCUGUUCCAGUCUCGAUGUACAAUUCUACCGUCCCAUUGUUCAAUAUUUAGUCUGGUGAAAAAGGGAAAGAUGUCAAUAUUAUGCAGCAUAAGGAGGUGGAAAGCUCUGGAAAGUUCACACUAGGACAUCGUUUAUUUUCUGAUCUAAUGAGCUAUUGUGUAAAAAAGAUGUCUGUGUUGAGUUACAUCCACUGCUAAAGUAUUGGUUUGUAUUAGAAAUUAGAUUGUAGCAUUACAUUUAUAGAGGUGCUCAGAUGAAUAUAACAUCAUAAUGUAACAUCAAUAGUUUUGGUACAAAUGGCAUUCUCUCUCUCUUUGUCGUCAUAAUUUCACCUCAGCGUCAUAGCCCUCUCCAUAACCCACUGUAAUAUAUAAAAAAUGUGCUGGUUGAAUUAAGCCAAAUUUUGCUUGCGCUUAGGCCUUGAUUUAAUCAGAUCAAGUGUUAACCGGCAUAGCGGAUGUUUUGACAUAUGUUGGAGGUGUCACUGCAGUAUGAGCUGACAAAUAGGUGAGAGGCUGCUCUUGUGUGUCACAAAACACUUCCUUCCUUAUUAAUCCUACUGAGUUAGAAGUUCAAAACGGCGAUAGAAAGUGUAGGUUAAUGCAUCUUUUCAUGUUCAUUUGGAUGGUGGGGAUUUAUAGCCUAUCACAUCGAGGUAUAAACAAUAGAAACAUCACGCAUUCGAGUGUUUGAACUUGUAAAGUGGCUGCAUGGGAUUUGUCGGUUUCGUUGCAUCCAAUAGCAUGGUCCGAGAUAAACUAACACAAGGAGCCGCUUGUGGAUUUGACAGCUCUAACGCAGUUCCAUCUCCGACACACCAAAACACCGCUAUGCGGGUGUCUGCUAGUACGUAUCUGCUAUAGAAUCUAGCCCUUAGUCAAGGCAGAUUAAUUGGGGAGGACGGGCUCUUAGUACUGGCUGGCACAGAAUAAAUGGAUUGGUAUCAAACUCAAACAUGGUUUCCAUGUGUUCGUUACCAUUCCAUUCACUCUGUUACAGCUAUUAUUAUGAGCCGUCCUCCCCUCAGCAGCCUCCUGUGCUGGAAACAUUUGUAGUGCCUUAGUUGCAUUGGUUGUUGUUUUUGACUCUUUUUCUACUUACCUAGCACUGUAAGGCCUACUGGCCACAAUUAACCCUGCACUCAUGGUAAGGUUUGAUGUUCAUUUGCCACCAAAUAACUUCUCAUGAGUACUCUUGCCAUAGGAAAAUAAUGGGACAACAUGUUUUCAUUAUCCUGGUUUUGAAAUAAUCUAAUUCAGGUCAAGUGUGUUGCUUACCAGUUUUUCUUUGUGUGUUUUUUUUAACCAAUGAUGAGAUAUUUUAACGAGAUUUAAUGUUGUACAAGAGAAAUGUUACCUCAGUUAGUGCCCCCUUGUUAAAGUAUUUAGACAGUUUGUAUGCAGUUAUAGUAGUAAACAUUAAUAUUUUUAUUAUAGACUCGUAGAAAAACAACUCAUUUAGAAUGAGCAAUUAAUGAAAUUAAUUAGCAAAGAAGGGCAUUUGAUCAGUUAUGUGGUUGCAUUUCAGGAUGCCUAUGUUAUAAUUGUAAUAUCUUUUGUGAAUGUUAUCUCCAAAAUAUAAAGUACAUUUCUCAAGGAAGAAUUUGGCCUUAAUGUUUUAUAUCGAACAGGUUUUUAAUGUAUUUAUUCAUACUUUUGUGUGUAUUUGAAAUAUUGAGGCAUAUACACAAUGCUUUGCGCAAUAAAAGCAAGUUGUUAUUCAA